GACGUUUAUGCAAAUUGUGUCGCGUUCCAGUGCUCUGAUUGGUCGAACGAGCGUCACGAGACGCGGCACGGUAGAACUCCUGCACUGCUGAGCUUGUGCCGUCUGUGAAAAUGAGUGAGUCUUUAGUUGUGUGUGAGGUGGACGAAGACCUGGUGAAAAAGUUGCGGGAUUUCCGCUUCAGGAAGGAGACUAAUAAUGCCGCCAUCAUCAUGAAGAUUGAUAAAGACAAACAGCUGGUGAUUCUGGAGGAGGAGCAUGAGGAUAUUUCCCCUGAAGACCUGAAGAAUGAGCUACCAGAGAGACAGCCCAGAUUUGUAGUCUACAGCUAUAAGUACCAGCACGAUGAUGGGAGAGUGUCCUACCCUCUGUGUUUUAUCUUCUCCAGUCCUGUUGGAUGCAAACCUGAGCAGCAGAUGAUGUACGCCGGCAGCAAAAACAAACUGGUACAGACGGUUGAACUGACCAAGGUGUUUGAGAUCAGGAACACUGAAGACUUGACAGAGGAGUGGCUCCGAGAGAAACUGGGCUUCUUCCGCUAAGAAAGGACCGAA